CCCGCGUACUAAUAACUCGUAUUACAUUUGCUUGGCGUAUUACAUUUCUAAAUUUUCGGCGAUUUUAACAUGAAAAUUCAAACAGACUCCGUGGAUAAAUCCACGGAAAAGAUUGAAGAUGAAGUUAAAAAAGAAGAUAAGUUGAUAAAAAGCGAGGACGUGUCUCAAAAAUCGUCAGAAAUCUCAUUCGAAGUUGGCGACUUUUGUUUAGUCAAGCGACCCGCUGACAAUAAUUGGCAUCCUGCCGAAAUUAUUCAGAAGAGAAACAGCGUCGAGGAAGGAUCUAAGGAGUAUUACGUGCAUUACAAGGGAUUCAAUCGUCGCCUGGACGAGUGGGUCUCAGAUGUUAGGGUUGACCUGUUUAAAGCAAGCAUUCCUGAAGAGAAAUCUGAAGAAAAAUCAGAUAAUGAAGGACCAGAGCGAAAAUUGACGAGAAACCAGAAACGGAAACAUGAUGAAAUCAAUCAUGUUCAGAAGACGUACGCUGAAAUGGAUCCAACAACUGCCGCUCUUGAGAAAGAACACGAGGCUAUAACGAAAGUGAAAUAUGUCGACAAGAUACAAAUAGGAAAGUACGAAAUCGACGCGUGGUACUUCUCACCGUUUCCCGACGAAUACGGUAAACAAACGAAGUUGUGGAUCUGUGAAUAUUGCCUAAAAUAUAUGAAGUAUAAACACACCUUCUGUGAUCACUUGACAAAAUGUACGUUUCGUCAGCCACCGGGAAGGGAAAUUUAUCGAAAGGGAUCGAUAUCUGUGUACGAAGUGGACGGUAAAGAUCACAAGAUUUAUUGUCAAAAUUUGUGUCUCACUGCGAAACUUUUCCUGGAUCAUAAAACGUUAUAUUUCGACGUGGAACCGUUCGUUUUCAACAUCUUGACUGAAGUCGAUAGAGACGGAGCACAUUUAGUCGGUUAUUUCUCAAAGGAGAAAGAAUCUCCAGAUGGAAAUAACCUCGCCUGUAUUUUAACCUUACCACCGUAUCAGCGAAAAGGAUAUGGAAAAUUCCUCAUCGCUUUUAGUUAUGAGCUGUCCAAACUUGAGUCUACUGUGGGCUCACCUGAAAAGCCUUUAUCAGACCUUGGAAAGUUGAGUUACCGCAGCUACUGGUCCUGGGUUCUACUUGAUAUAUUACGUAAUCUUAGAGGAACCCUGUCCAUAAAAGAUCUGAGUACAAUGACGAGUAUCACUCAGGAAGACAUUAUAAGCACCUUGCAGUCAUUAAAUAUGAUCAAAUAUUGGAAGGGCCAACACGUCAUAUGUGUGACGCCAAAGCUUGUCGAGGAGCAUGUCAAGAGCUCGCAAUACCGCAGACCAGUACUUAUUGUAGACACUUCUUGUUUAAGAUGGACACCUACGAAAAAAGUGAAGAAAGUAAAGCAUUGAUGUCUCUGAAGGAGUCGUUGAACUGAAAUAGAUGGAACGCUACCGGAAGCAAAUAAUUGAAGCGAAAUCUUACACCCAAACACGCGAGAUAACACCCAGACACGCUUUGUGCUAAAAAUUUACUAUGCUUUUCUAUGACAGGUAGCUUUCCAUGUAUUAUAGUUGAAUGAAAGGAGUAUUUUAGAAACAAAACAAUGGCUUCUUGUGUUCAAGGGGGGUGGAGUGGGGAGGAUGAUUUGUGCGAAAGUUGACUAUCGCUUCUGUUCAAUGAUCGACGCUUCUAAAACCUUCACCAAUCACUCGACGUUUACAGACGUAGACGUUGUAAGUUUGUGUUAAUAAAUCUAUGGAUGUUUUCGGAAAAGUUUUAUACAACGAUUAGUUUCACUUGCAUAUUCACAUCCGUUGUUAUUUGAAGCAUUAAAAACUGUAAAUUUCAACAUAUAAAAGUAGUGUAAUGGACCUGAUUCUAUUUAUGUUUGGAUUACAUAUCAAAGUUGUAUAUGAAUACAUUCUUUUGCUUUUCGUUUCA